AUGCGUCAAGUGGACGACGCGAGUCAGUGGGAGCAGCUCGUCACCCUUCUGGAGCAGACCGAACUCAACCCGAGCGAUGCCGGCGCGCCGCGAAUUCCCAAACCGGAGGAGGCCGUCACCACAUCGGCACCUGCGGCCGUGCUGCCGGUCGAGUGUGAGAAGGACGAGCUGUCCCGUCUGGCCAUCGACCUGCACGACCGGUCCAACCUCAUCAUGGACCACCGCGUCGGCCUCUUCACCAAGAUCAGGGACUCCUUCUCCGGCGAGGCCUUCGUCAACUGGAUGAUCAAGGAGAAGGAGAGCGACGAGGCGAAUGCCCUGGACAUGGGCCAGCAGCUGAUGGACAAACACUUCAUCCAGAACGUCUCGGGCGGAGCCGACAGCACCAAGUUCGAGGGAUCGGCCAAGGCCUUCUACAGGAUGACCGAGGACGACAACCAGGGCGCGCUGAACUCUGGCGAGACGGCCGGCUGCCCGCCGCUGCCGGCCGGAGAGCUGGCCGAGAACCUCCGAAAACUGAUGCUCACCAUGUACGCCGAAAACAUCAGUCCCGACGGCAAGUCGGUGAACUACGCCGGCAUCAAGGCCUCAGACAACUGGCGUAACUACGUGCGGAUGGCGCGUGAGCUGCAGCGAGUCGACAUCUUCGGCCUCAACCGCGAGGAGAAGCUGGCCUUCUUUAUCAACGUGUACAACGCACUGGUUGUGCACGGCAACAUCGCCACCGGCCACCCGACCAACGUGUGGCAGCGCUGGAAGUUCUUCAACAACACGGCCUACGUGCUGGGCGGCAGUCCGUUCACGCUGCAGGACAUCGAGAACGGCGUGCUGCGCGCCAACAAGAAGGGAGUCGGCGCGCUCAGCCCCCAGUUCUCCAAGGCCGACCCGCGCCGGCGACUCUCGCUGGAGCGCGCCGAGCCCAGGAUCCACUUUGCGCUAAACUGCGGCGCCAAGAGCUGCCCGCCCAUCAAGACCUUCUCGGCCCAGAACAUCCAGUCAGAGCUGGACCUGGCCUCGGCCUCCUACCUAGAGACGGACGACGGUAUUCGUCUGGAGCCGGCCAAGGGCGUGGUGCACCUCUCCACGCUGCUCAAGUGGUACCGCUCCGACUUCGGAGAGGACGACAAGGAGGUUCUGACGUGGGUGCUGAAGCAUCUCACUGGCAAGAAGGCUGAGCAGCUGAAGCAGAUGCUGGACAGCGGCAACUUCAAGAUCAACUACAUCCCCUACGACUGGACCAAUAACGCCAAGUAGGCGGCUGGCUCCUGGAGCGGUCUGCCUCGGCGGGAAGGCGCUCUUCUCCUCACAGCGGUGUCCAGAAAGGGUCAAUCUAACCUCUGGAGAAGGCAGAGGGCAUGGCUCUUCUGAUUAUCACCGUUGACUGCAUGAGAGGGCAGACUCGGAGCAGGAAUCGGCUAUCGAGGUAGGUACCGUCUAGGCAGAACGGGGAGCUGUCCGAGCUGGGCUGGGACGGACGUUCUAUAUACCCUGCUGGGACGUGCCGCAGGGCCUAUUUUAAGACAAUUGGACUGGGGUGGCCAGGCAGUGGUGGCGCC